AUGAAGUUCCUCGAGUUUCCAGAGCUAUUCACUCUCUCAAAUGCAUUGACGUACGACUCGCCCGAGUGUGCCAUCCGCACGCGCAUCGAAGCAUACUCAUGCAAGAGCAUAAACCGCGAGAAGAAGAUGUUCAAAGCACUCGAGCACUCCUAUGCUGAGGAUAUCGCUUUCAACCUCAGUGUCUCCCCGCCCGAGGAGGCGCUCGCGAGCCCCUUUGGAAGACUCGACCAGCCAUCCGCGCGCAAGGUCCUCUACCUCCUUAUCGCCACGCUCAACGUCGCAUUUCCGGACCAUGAUUUCUCAGAAGUACGGCCAGAUGCGUUCAAGAAAGAGGAAAGUCCGGCUGGGGUGCUCCAUUCGUUGUCGAAUACUCUGUUGAGCCUCCGACCUACCCCUGGCUCGGUGAGCGAAUACACGCCGCGCUCCUACUCCUCCUACCCGCCUCCGCUGGACGUCCCUUCCUCCCCUGAGCUCUCAGCGUCCUACCCUCCCGGAAGCAGGAAGAAGACCCAGGACGAGCUACUCACCGGCACCCACCCAACCUUUUAUCGGAUACUGGACAACAUCAUCACCUUGAAGGACUGUGACGUGUAUUCGUACACACCUGGGAACGAGUGGGACCCGCAUGCAGUGGACUCUGAUGACGAGGACGAGAUCUCGUCCGACGAAGACCUGGAUUUGGACGACUGGGACGCGUUCGACUUUGAGCUCGACACACCUGCAGACGAGGGGUUCGCUACUCCCACAAAGCCAAAGCCGAGUAAACGAUUGGAGGAGACGGAGAUACACUACCCGCGUCGGCGACUGGGCGGCCUGCUGUGGAGCGCUAACUGGUUCAUACAUAACAAGAAACAGAAGAGGAUACUGUUUGUCAGCGUCUGGGCAAGGAAAAGAAUAGGAGGAUGGAUGGAGACCCGCAGAACGGAGUGGAGUGCUGCUUCUGCAAGAUCGCUCGGUCUAGGCAUCUGAGCAUGCCUGCUUCUCCCAAUCAGUUUCUAACAGAAACAAAUCUUUCCCCCUAUUCCGUAUCUGUAAUCGGACUCGUGUAUAUCGUGUACCGUUACCCUCCCCAUGCCACGCCUAUCGCGUUGCGCCGCAUCAUAUUCUGUUGUCCUAUCCUAUUCUUAUCCCGUAUCGGGCGCUGUGAUCCCCCUGGCCUUGGCCGGCGGUGCGUUGUACGCGUUGUACUUGCUACUACCGUGUACGGUGGAAUGUAUCUUGAAUUGUACUUCUUUGUUAGUGGAUUAAUACAUGUUGUAGAU